AGAGAGAGAGAGAGAGAGAGAGAGCAUGUAGUAGAUUAUAAAGAAAUAGAGAGGAUAGUACUCAAAAAGAGACACAAAUUUAUGAUUUUGACUGCAAUGAAGAAGACGAGCACUUCAGUUUCAGAGACAAUUAAUGGCGUCGCUGAGCCUCAACCACCUUCAGCUGCACCUUGUGUUGAGUUGCUGAGAGAGAAAGGGGUGGAGGAGGAGGAGGAGGAGGAGGAAGAGGAAACCCUUUUGCCUCAAGCUCAAGAGGGUCCGAAGCUUGAUGAUGGCUUCUAUGAAAUCGAAACCAUACGCCGUAAGAGGGUCCGCAAGGGUCAGCUCCAAUACCUUAUCAAAUGGCGUGGAUGGCCCGAGACUGCCAACACUUGGGAGCCUCUUGAUAAUCUACAAUCAGUUCCCGAUGUCAUUGAUGCUUUUGAGGACAGCCUCAAAUCAGGAAAACAUCGCAAGCGCAAACGCAAGCAUGUGGAUCAUCACACCCAACCUAACAAGAGGCACCAACGUUCUACCACUUCUUACAGCCUCAGACAUUUUCCAACUAGUACAACUGACAACCAUCCACAGUCUGCACCUCCCAAUGAUCUUCCUGCCCAUCCUCAAACUGUCAUCUUUGCUGAUGAUGAAGGAGAAACUAAUGGUGAUCCCAAACAAGCAGCUAUUGUAAAUGGGUUUGCUAAUACUUCAAAACAAGCCGUUGUGAGGAAUGAGGAAAAUGAUUAUGAUCCAAAGCUUAGUGAACUUAAAGCAACAACAAACAGUGGGGUUGAUGCAGAUAAGCUUGCAAUACAUUUCCAACAAGCUAAGGUUUCAACAGGCAACACUCACAUAGAUGGUCAAUCCAAGGGGGAUUGUGUGGAACCAGUUCAAGAUGGGCGCUGCAGAGGAGCGAAAAGGAGAAAAUCUGGUUCUGUGAAGAGGUUCAAGAAAGAGACAUUUGCAUGUGAUCCUGCUGAUACUCACAAGGCAAUCAGCAUGUCUGUUGGUACCGUUGAACCAGGCUGGACAGGAAUUGCUGGUUAUAUGGGGAAUAAUAGUCAUAAGAAGACGGGCGAUGCUAAAACUCCCUGCAACAUUGUCAAGAUUAUAAAGCCAAUAGGCUAUUCAGCUUCUUUAUCUAGCAACAUACAGGAUGUUUUAGUGACCUUUAUGGCUAUGAGGUCCGAUGGAACAGAGGUGAUGGUGGAUAAUAGAUAUCUCAAGGCAUACAAUCCACUUCUGCUGAUCAAUUUCUAUGAGCAGCGUCUCUUGUACAGUCCUACACUGUGACUUAACAGAUUAUUGAAGGAGCUUCCUUUAGGCCUAGACAUUCCUGAGUUGCUGUUAGUGAAACACAGUGUAAUUUUAUAGAUACAGCAGAUGAAAUGCAUUGUUGGUUAGUGUAUGACUAUAUAACCAUUAAAACAAUUGUUUUAAUUCCUGCAUGACUAUGUAUUUCAAAUAUCUGGAGACCUCUUGAAUCUAGUGAUUCUAGAUUCCACUCUACCCCUUCACAUAUGAUGGGGAAUUGCCUAGAUGACAGCUGACGCAUCUUUGGUUAUGCA